AUGACCAUUAUCGGAAAUAAAGAAAAGGGGGUCACUUCAGGCUCUUCCCUGGCCACUUGCGGCUUCAAGCACUACUUUGUGCUGUGCGGGAUCAACACGGACAGCGGGCUGGAGCCCAAUGAGCUGGCAGACAAAGUGAGCAUGUUGUCAGCCUUCAUCGCUCCCUUCAAGCACUUGAGCCCUGGGGCCACUAACACGGAGGAUGACGACAAUCUAAGUACCAGCAGCGCAGACGUGAAGGAGAACCGAAAUGUGAGCAACCUGGAGGCACGGCCACUGCCCGCGGGCGACAGAGCCCGAGGCGGUGCGCCUGGCGUGAAGAGGAAAAGGCCCCUGGAGGAGGGCAACAGCGGCCACUUCUGCAAACUGCAGCUGAUCUGGAAGACGCUCUCGUGGUCGAUGACGCCCAAGAACGCGCUGGUGCAGCUGCACGAGCUGCGGCCCGGCCUGCAGUACCGGAUGGUGUCCCAGACCGGCCCGGUGCACGCGCCCGUCUUCGCUGUGGCGGUGGAAGUGAAUGGGCUCACGUUCGAGGGCACCGGGCCCACCAAGAAGAAGGCCAAGAUGCGGGCAGCCGAGCUGGCCCUGCGCUCCUUCGUGCAGUUCCCCAACGCCUGCCAGGCCCACCUGGCCAUGGGCAGCAGUCCCAGCCCCUGCACGGACUUCACCUCCGACCAGGCCGACUUCCCCGACACGCUCUUCAAACAGUUCGAGCCCUCGGCACCCAGUGCAGUCAUGGCCGUGAGCGUGGACGGCAGGAUGUUUGAAGGCUCCGGACGCAGCAAGAAGCUGGCCAAGGGCCAGGCGGCGCAGGCGGCCCUCCAGGCCCUCUUCGACAUCCGGCUGCCCGGCCACAUGCCCAGCAGGAGUAAAAGUCACCUCCUGCCCCAGGAAUUCGCCGACUCUGUGUCCCAGAUGGUCACGCAAAAGUUUCGUGAGCUGACCGUGGGCCUGACGUCCAUGCACGCCCGCCACAGAGCACUGGCAGGGAUUGUCAUGACCAAAGGCCUGGAUGUCCGGCAAGCUCAGGUUGUCGUCCUGUCCUCAGGGACCAAGUGCAUCAGCGGCGAGUACAUCAGUGACCAGGGCCUGGUGGUCAACGACUGCCACGCAGAGACCGUGGCCCGGAGGGCGCUGCUCCACUUCCUGUACGCGCAGCUGGAGCUGCACCUCAGCAAGCGGCGAGAGGACUGGGAGCGCUCCAUAUUCGUGCGGCUGAAGGACGGCGGCUACCGGCUGAGGGACAACACCCUGUUCCACCUGUACGUGAGCACGUCCCCCUGCGGAGACGCACGCCUCCACUCGCCCUACGAAAUCACCAAGGACCUGACCAGCAGCAAACACAUCGUCAGGAAGUUCCGCGGGCACCUGCGCACGAAGAUUGAGUCCGGGGAGGGGACCGUGCCGGUCCGGGGCCCCAGCUCCGUGCAGACCUGGGACGGCAUCCUGCUGGGUGAGCAGCUCAUCACCAUGUCCUGCACAGACAAGAUCGCCAGGUGGAACGUGCUGGGGCUGCAGGGCGCCCUCCUCUGCCACUUCAUCGAGCCCGUGUACCUGCACAGCAUCGUUGUGGGCAGCCUGCACCACACGGGCCACCUCUGCCGGGUGCUGAGCCGCAGGGCCGAGGACAUCGGCCAGCUGCCCCCCUCAUACCGGCACAACCGGCCCCUCCUCAGUGGCGUGAGCAGCGCCGAGGCUCGCCAGCCCGGGAAGUCUUCCCACUUCAGUGUGAACUGGGUCGUGGGCAGCGCGGACGUGGAGGUCCUGGACGCCACCACGGGGAGGCGGAGCUGCGGGGGCUCCUCCCGGCUCUGCAAGCACGUGCUCUCUGCCCGGUGGGCGCGGCUGUACGGAAAGCUGAGCACACGGAUACCGAGCCACGGAGACACGCCGUCCAUGUACUGUGAGGCCAAGCUGGGGGCGCGCACCUACCAGUCAGUUAAGCAGCAGCUGUUCAAAGCGUUUCAAAAGGCAGGCCUGGGCACCUGGGUGCGGAAGCCGCCUGAGCAGGACCAGUUCCUACUCACCCUCUGAGCGGCUGCCCCGGGCUCGCGGACAGAGUGAGAUGCCUGAGGAGGUCGGGCGGGCGUGAGGAGCAAUGAGACUGUGCUGACCGGGUCUGUGCGUCCCUUGUCCUUUGGUGUGCCAGAAACACGCGAGCGUGCCAUGUUCGGAUGAGCAACUAGACUUGAAGUGCUGCUUCUCGGAUGGCUGCUCCCAGGCUGCUGGAACCACGCCCGCCCGCCACACCUACAGGCAUGAGUGUGGUGGCUCCCUCUUCUUGGUGUGCCAGAGGGGACAUGACUAUUCAGGCUGCAGGGUCUGAGUUGCAGCCUCGAAAGGUGGCGCCGGGGCAUUGCCAGUUAGAAAUGAACCUCAGGCACCGUUCAUUCCCUGUUCCCCUCCCCGACGCGCCGCUCGAGCGUUGCACUUGGUUCUCACUAGCACAAGGUUAUAGACACUGCGAGAUAAGCCACAAGUGAAGAGAAAAGCCAUGGGCUCCUCCCCAAAGAAGCCAGUAAGAAGUCCUCUCGUUGUCAUCAUUCGUUUAGUGUUUUACUCUGUCUCCUUUCGAAAAGCAUUUGGGAUGCAUGAUCUUAGCUCCUAAAACAGGGCCAGAGAAAUGAGACCCCUGCUGCAGAGCAGAGGCACUAGAUGUGACAACACUGUCCCUGAACGUCCCAGGCCCCAGCUGUCCCAGGCGGUCCCGGCCCGUUGUGCCCUUCACUGCUCGGCGUCGCUGGCAGAUAAUGAGGCUUGAGCUGUAUAAGGGCAGCUACCACCUCACAGCCUCCCGCCAGGUAAUGAGGAAACCCCAUCCUAGACCAAAUUCUGACUUGGGAACUAAAUUGUUCUUAGAAAGCAAGCACCAGAAGCUUCCAAACAACCUUGACUCUGAGCUUGAGCACCCACCAGCUCUUGAUUCCUUUAGGUUCCCCCUCAACACCUUGCAUGACAGAAAGAAUUCAUUGAAAGCAGCUGUACAAAUGCAGGAGACAGGAUCCUGUCCCCUCCAGAGCGGGCGGCAGACGGCAGAGUCCUCCUGCACACGCUGGACGAGGCCAGGGCACCGUCCUGAGCGUGAGAGGCAGGACCGUACCCCUGGUCGUGCAAAGCGAGGUGCCCCCCUAGUGUACUGUAGUCAGUCCAUACACCUUGACCUGUUACUGUGAUCACUUGAGAGCUCAUUUCUAACACCCUUCAUGCUCGUUGACAGGUCUCUAGUUUCUCCAGUUACAAGCCCCAUAUCUGAACUCAUUGUGCUAAGUAGCAGAGCUUAGUAGUAGCCACAGCUCUGGUAUCUGGGCUGCCCAUCAGGAUCCCAGCUGCACCCCUGGGGGAACACCUUGAGAACACAGGCUCCCAUUUAACCCAGGAAACACGAGCAUAACAUCAGACUCUAUAUAUUCUGGUACAAAUUACAGAUAUCAUACCAGUGAGUCAAAAAUGAAACAAAUCGAAUUGUAGGUAGUUGUUAAAAGAUAAUAAGUAGAGACAUUAGUCUGGAAAUAGAAGCUUUUCCUGAGAUUUCAUAUAACGUCAACUUUAUCCCUCGUGUUUUUUGGAAAGGAAAAGGGCACUGCAGUAGACGACUUCUUCAAGAUAAAGUUUCAAAAGAUAUGAAAAUGUUUUGCAAAUAUGGCUCACAUUAGUCAUUCAUAAAAAUUUAAAUUUUAAGUUAGUACAAAAGCCGUGAUAAAACGGCCAGUUUAUAUUAUUAGUUUCUGAUAAUCUGAUGUGUCAUUAGGAUGGGGGUUAAAGAACCAAAAGCCUUGAGAGCUGAUUGAUGACUUAGACCCUCAGCCGCAAUAUCUGGAGACCCUCUCCGACAGCAGCAGGCGUGGGCGAUCCCGGCUGGUGUCUGUGGCCUGAACCUGAGCUGCCAGCAUCCUCACCUGCUGCCUGGAGAAGUGUGCAUCCGCUUUACACCAACUGCUCCAAAUAGCACUCCCUCUCCUGUGAGGAGCGAGCAUGGGCGGCGGCAGUCCUAAUGCCGGCGGGACCGACCUGCAAACCGCAUAGUGGGCCACCCGCACGGUCCAUCCCAGACCCCUGGAUGGCAUUCUCCUGCCCCACAAAGACCAUGCCCACAGCUCCUGAACUGCACCAGUUGGUCACAAGUCAUUUUGCCUAAGGCUCCGGCUCUCUGGAAACAGCCCAAACUUGACUAAACUAGAAACAUCUUCUUCUGAAGAAAGCCACCCAUGAACGCCGCUACACCCAUUAGCACCAACAUGCAGAGUCGUCUGCUGGGUCCGCAGGGACGCUUCGGAGGCAGAGAUGAGGCUCUGCAGAGGUUUACAGAGAGAAGGUUCCAGUGUAGCGUUCCAAUAGCCUGACACGCCGCCGCAGAGGUGCCUGUCGGUGAGUGGGAAGUGAAGAAGGAGCCCAGGGAGGAGGAGACACUAGCAAGCUGUGGGCACAGAAGGGGCAGCCAAGGAAGGCGCACUGAGCCGCCCGGAAGCACCUGCCGAGAGCCCGGGCUCAGGGUGCUGCCCGGGAGGCACCUGGUGCAGCUGGAGGGGCGGUCGUCAGCCCAGAGACAGAAGGUCUUGCAGGGGAGCCGAGGAUUCCACUCUCUCUCUCUUCAAAGUCCAAAAGGACAUCCCAACACUGCGUUAGGCCAGGUCUCCCCUGCAUUUGCUAAAUAGAAAAUCUGAGGAAUCCGAGUCCUGAGAGGAGCCCACAUCCACCUGACCACCUGAGGUUUCUGUAAGGAGGACGAAACAGGAGCAGAUGGUGUGUAAUGUUUAGUCACCCUGAAAAUGUGACGAGCAAAACAGAGGGAAGAUGGACAGACAUAAAGUCAGGGUCUCCCCAGGUUACCUCGACCGCCCCCACCACGCAUCUGAAUUUGCCUCAGCAUCACCAUCCUGCAUCACCGGUGGCUCCGUCCCUUGCUCGCAACCUUCCCACGUUCUGUAUGUAUCGCUCUUUAGUGCUGAUACUAAACUCCAAGUGCAAGCCACACCACCCUUAUCUGCCUCCAGAGCGUGUGUUGCUCUCCUGCUGGGGAGAUAAACCCUGGGAGCUCCCCUGCCUGGCUCUCAGCCAAAGGGCUCGCCGGGGAGAAGGCCACAGGUCGCAUGGGCUCGGCCUGCCCCGCUCCAGUGCAGUGUCACAGCAACCUGUGACAGCACGUUAUGGGAUUUAGGAUUUCUUUGGUUUUGGUUUUUGCCAAGGAAAGAAUUUGUGGAUCUGUAACUAUGAUUUCUUUUUAUUCCCUAUGGUUCUCUUUUAGGAUUUCUUUGGUUUUGGUUUUUGCCAAGGAAAGGAUUUGUGGGUCUGUAGCUAUGAUUUGUUUUUAUUCCCUGUGGUUCUCUUUGAGUCUGUAUAUAGUUUUCUUGCCACCACUGGUUUUGUCUUGCUCCUCAGACACAUCCAGUUGUGUUACUUGUCAAGCAAACACAGCUCAUGGUUUUCCCACAUAAUUUCCUUUUCAGAAGAAGCUGUUCUUAUCAAUAAAGUUAAAUGUGUGUUUUUUCCUUUAGUUUACUGUUUACCACACCUGGAGAGCCAUAAACAGUAAAUACAUGGUAUAGCAAUGCCCAGAGUAGAAGAGAUAGAGUAUUUUGAUGAAAUCCUAUUUUUAGAUUAUAAAUUUUAAAAUGUGUCUAUAUAUCUUGUUUAAAGAAUUUAAAAAGACAUUUAAAACGUAGACAUUUUUAAUUUGGGGAAACUUCUACACCCAUUUUUUUAAAAGCCAUUCUAAUGACAUCGUCUGUGCAAUUGGCCCAAAAUACAAUAAAUUUCACUUUCUAGUAGAGACCAAUGGGAGUUCGGGGCCGUCUCUCUGUGCCCCAGCACUGACUGCUAACUCAGCAAACCAGGUGGACCUGUGCUGGUUUCUCCACUGCCCUCCUGAGCAGAGUUCACAGAGCCCGUCACUCUACCCAGGAUCAGGACAGUCCACACCGCUCACGUUCCCAGCUCUGAGUUCAUGUGGAGUUCGGGGUAGAGUGGGAAAUUAGAAGCUGUGUUUCAGGAAGGGCUGUAACACCAUCAGGCAGCAUUUAGCUGGGACAAGACCCCUCUGCGGUCUUGCUGGCAGUUUAUGCUCAGGCACAGUGAUGAGACAUGUGGGGUGCCCUAGGGACAGGGCAGAGGGGGGGACUGACAGCCUGCAGAGCAAGGGACCACUUGCCGCUGUCCGUGGUCCUGACCUGGUUGCUGCCUGGAGCACUGCGUGUCUGGGGCCACUGGGAUACUGUUGGCUCCUGUCAGAUUCUCCCACAAAUUCCAAAUCAGGUGAAGGGGAGUAGACCAAAGGAGAGCAAGGAUACCGGCUGCAGAGUGAUGGCUUUGGAAAACAAAUGCAGCACCCGCGAUUCUGGGAAUCCAGACAGAUAGGUGACCAUCAUCCCCCCUGUGCAUUUUUCCUCUCACCAAUGCUGCUUCUCUGAUUUCCUUUCUCGUAUUUCCUCUCCCUCCCCUUCCUGUUCCCUUUCUUAUUGCCUGUCCUCCCCUAUCCAAACACUUCUGACUGCUGAGAUUCAAGUCUCAGGCAGAUGUCUGCCUUGAGCUCCACUCAGCUGAUCUGUGAAUCAGCUGGGCGCGCAGGACGAGGCAGGAGCCCCGUGUGACUUCUUGUCCAGAGGGAUUUAUGAGAGUUCUUUUCUGGGCUCCUGGACCAUGUCCACUCAGUCUGACCUUCCACCAAAGGGGACACUGAUGGCCACAUCCCUAGAAUUUUAGACCAGAGGACACCACUCCUGCAGGGAACUGGAGACAGUAUCGAACCCUGGAGAAAGAAGUACCUUACUUCCCAACUCAGCAUUUCAAAGUCAAGUCGGAGGGACCUAAUAUCCUCUAGGAUACAGAUAAAAGACUGGGUUCUAGGGCCUCUAUUCACACAGGCACUAGAUUUCUAUCACUCUGCAGUGUGUGCAUCAGUAAAAACAGAAGAAAAACACUAACCCAGCAGUGCCCAGUGAACUUUCUGCUAAUUUUCAGCAUUUUUUAAGCAAAAUGAACUUAAUGAAUAGUAUUCUUAAGAGAAGGUUUGUACAUAAAAAGCAUGACUGAAUGGCAAUAUUGUACCAUGGAUGUACAUUUGUAAUAUUUGUAAAAAAAA